AUCUAUGGAUCCCAUAACGAAACCAACAGGCCAGAACACAACAUCCAGUACUGGAUUGGUCUAUGCCAGAGUGUCAACCACUUUCACACCAAUAAUGACUGCAAUGGCUUACACUCCACAUCAUCCCCAAUCUUAUUUCACGACGACACACAACCACCACAUCCUGACCAUUAUCCUUGUUGGUUCGUCGGCUCAUUAUCAAACUCAUCUCUCAAAAUGCUCAACCAAUCAAACCCAAAACAAGGAGUAGAAAUAGAUUACGGCACAACAUCGUGUUGCCCUCAACUCAAUGGUUAUCCAGGCAUUGUGGGCAGACUUGAUGUCAAGAUGAUCGUAAGACCGAGCAUCGACUGCCACACACAUACAAACUUCUGGUCGGUAGAAUCCAUUGAUCUACCAUAUCCCCAAUUGACUGACUGUUCACCUGCUCAAAACGGUGAGUUCAGAGUAGAGCUACGAACAUCUCAAUUGUGUCCAGAUCAGAUAGUCUGGAGACUGUCUCAACAACACACUCACUUCGUAUGCUCGACACUCAAUCACAACACCAUUCGUUGUACACUCACUCCAAAACUUGUGUUUGACAACAAGUCGGUGAGCACUAUGAGUGCCAUCUGUUCAAGGCUUGUCUUGAUGAUUCGUUAUGUCAACGGAACGAAUUGCAGUAUGACGUCACAGUUUAAGGAAGAAAACGACGUUUGUGUUGUAUCGGUUGCUGUUGGCAACAGUUUGGUCCAAAACAUAGACGUGAUUGAUAUCGAUGGGUCGGUUGUGGGACAAGUGAAUGCACCAAGAUUUCACAGUCCGUCUCAAUCGAUGAAAGUGUUGGGUGUAUGUUUGGCGAUCGCAGAAUGUGUUUUGAUAUUAAUUUUGUUGCUCAAAGUUGCAACAGUUCGAUGCAGGAAGAGAGAAAGAGUGAAGUUGGACGAGAUGCGUUCUGCUUGUGAGAACACGUUCUUGUUGCAGCCACCUCGUAGAUAUGAGGAGAAAAGUAGAGGAACAAACGACACGCCUACAGUAGCCACAUCAGUGUGAGGACAUCACAACAGAUCAACACGUGUACAGCACAUGUACAGUAAUACACAUGUACAUGUACAUUGAUAAAUUAAUUUUAAUGUGCGAUUAGUAUAUGACAUACCAUUAGCCAGGAUGCAACUUAAUUAGUGUUGUAUUGGUAAUAUAAAUGAGUACUUGUUUUGGUC